UAGAAGUUGAAGCUCACUGCUCUUAGAACUGACAUCUCCCAGAAUUUAUCUGAGCAGUUUAACUGAGCCAUCACCAAGAAAAUGACUUGCCAGACCUACAGCUUGUUUGCUCUGUCUGUCAUCAUGAUUUAUUUUGGACGUUUUGGAAAUAGCUCAAUUCUUGCUCACCUUCAAAAUGAUAUAGACCAACUGAAAGCUGACUUUAACUCAAGCCAUUCAGAUGUAGCUGACGGUGGACCUAUUUUUACAGAGAAACUGAUAAACUGGACAGAGAGAAAUGAAAAAAGAAUCAUCCUGAGCCAGAUUGUUUCCAUGUACUUGGAAAUGCUUGAAAACGCUGACAAGUCAAAGGCGCACAUCAGGCAUAUAUCUGAGGAACUCUAUACUCUGAAAAACAGCCUUCCUGAUGGCUUGAAGAAGCUGAAAGACCUCAAGGACCUGGCAAAGCUUCAGAUGAGUGACUUGAAAAUUCAACGUAAAGCUGUGCAUGAGCUGUUCAGUGUCCUGCAGAAACUCGUGGAGACUCCAACUUCUCUCAAAAGGAAAAGGAGCCAGUCUCAGAGGAGGUGCAAAUGCUAAUGACAUUAUAUGGCAUUUUGUACAGAGUUAUUGUGCAAAUAUCGUUAUGAUGCACGUUUUUUAUUUCAAUCUUUUAACGGAAUUUUUAUACAUUUAUUUAUUAAUAUUUAAGUAUUUUAAAUAAUUAUUUAUAAUGGAAUACCAAAGUAUUUAUACCUCCUACUACUGUCUAAGAAAUGACUUUGUCUUAAAAUUCUGUCUAUCUGUUAUAUGUUUGCUGACCUGAAAAUACAGAAUGGGGCAAUGUUUACUCAAUUUCCAUCUGGAAAUCCUGAAAUGACAUGAUACGGUACCCAGCUUUCCAUCUGGUGCUGUCUUGAGAGAGGGAUGUUAUAAAAUUAGUCUCAUCAUUCAUUCAUUUGUCAUGAAGAUGCAAGCACCAAUAUGGGGAAGUUUCUGUACUCAUGAAAAUAUACUCAUAUCUGCUUACUUCUAAGCAUAUCUAAAUUCAAAUCAAGCAAGUAGACAUGCUUAAAGGCAAGCAAAUGCUCAUGCACUUUUCUGAACAAACUAGAGGAUUGAUGAUUAGUUGGU